AUGGCCAACGAUCCCUACCUGGAGGCAAGCGGCGCAUGGCAAACACUCUCCGACGAUGCCAAGGCUCUUCUAUCACGUCUCUGGAUUCCCAACGCGACGAGCGACGCGGACAAGGCCUCGAAUGAGAAAGUUCUCGCGAGCUUCAUGGACACGGUCAAGCAGCAACGUCUGCAGAAGGCGCAGGAGUUGCGGGAGGUCUACGCGGCGCAAGCUGCUCUUGAUCAGAAAAGGCAGCAACUGGAGAGGGAGAUCGGACCUAUGUCCCGCCUCGCGAUCGGCCCUCCCGAGACGCCACAGGCGCGUAUAGAGGAGGUCACAGACGCGCCGCAGCAUGCGCGUCGUACUUCUCAUAUGCCCAACACGUACACCUCGAGUAACGGACAGACGUCUUCGACCAUCGCAGGCUCUUCCAAUGGGAACAUACAUCCGGCGCAGAGGAACGCCAGCUACGUCCAAUAUCCGAGUCAAGCUAGCGGAACGGGAAGCAUGAUGUACAACGCAGGCUUCUCUCAUCAAGGUCCUGGUGGCGAACAUGUCGCGGUGGGCUACAGUAACGCGUCUACCUCCGGGCAGAGCUAUGGCCAGCCUUCUCCGAACUUCGCAUACCCACCAAAUGCGUACCAGCACGCACAAUUGCUAGCUGCCGCUCAACAGGCCUCUCCCCGAACGCAGUAUGUACUCCCACAGGCGCAGGUACACGCGCAGUGGCAGCAUCAGCAGCACCGGCUGUCGACGACCUCGAGAACACCACCAAUCCCAAAUCAGGCCACAGCACAGUAUCCCGCGAAUCAAUUUCCGAACAAUGUCCGUCCGUCGAAUGCCACACCCGCCGAACAGGUAUCGCGAGUUGCAACACCUGCUAGCACCGGGUCAGCGCCUCAGCUACCUCCGCGUGCAGCCAAUGCACCUCAAGUGCCAUCGAAGAGUGUAACACCUACCACAACGUCGCAGCCCGCUGCUUCACAGAAAUCUUCGCAGCCCACCCAAAUACCUUCCGCGCCUGCCGCGCCGCGUGAACAAGUCUUUGUAAACAGACCCUCAGGAUUUCUCGUGGCCAAACCGGACUACGACAAUUGGGUUCGCACGGCUGCAUCAGGCUCGAGCAUCUCAAUGACGAAGGCGCUUACGGCGACGAAGCUUCCCGACGGGCGUAUCCUGUACCGGUGGAAGGAGGCCAACGGCCACGAGCGUGAACUACCGUUCGAGCCGGGGCUGGCUAUCAAGACCAUCGAUUCCGCUGGUAUACCAACCUGGUACUGGCAACCGCCGCGGCUUGGUGGGCAGCAGACGACGCCAACGGCCAAUGGUACAUCCGGGACAUCCGGGGCUGGGGCAGGGAGCACACAAAAUGGUACAGCAGCAGCUCAAGUCCCAGUAACUGUCAACAUCCCUACCGCUGAUCAGAGCAACGCGCGAGCGGCUGCAGCCUCAACCUCGGCAAGUGCGACAGCGCCUCCGCCGGCACCAUCACGACGACAGUCAAAUGCCAAAAGCCCUGCUGACACGGCCACUCGUAAAGCUGAAGCGCCGUCGACGCCCGUUCGCGCAGGCAGUAGUACGUCGUCCGAUGCGACACUGUCACCCAGGACUGCUCGCAAGAAGACGCUCGUGCGCGAUGUAAUCAGGAUGCUGGGUGGCAAACGACCUUCGGAGGGUGGCGGCGAACCUAGCGCCAAGAGGAGGCAUGUCGAAGAGACUGGGAGCGACGCAGCAGUGCAAUUCGAUGCGCAAGCAGCGACUCCCAGCACUUCGGCGACUCCUGGUCCGGUCUCCGCCAGCGAAUCUGCUCCUGCUCCUCCUGCUGACUCCGCUUCUGUUGCGUCGAACCCUGCUCCCGAUUUACGGCCCGCCCAAACGACUGCCCCUACUCACACUGCGGCGCCUGCAUAUGGCCCUACUCCUUCUAUCGUAGCAGUCCGCAACGAUGGGCAGUCAACGCGUCCGAUUCACUUCAUUCAUGUAGACCCCGCUUCUAAGCGUACGCAGCCGCUGACAGGCGUUACGCCAUACGAUCCAUCGCAAACGCCUGCAGCUUCGCAACCGGGCCCGUCAUCGAAUAGUGCAGUGCCGCCUCGGCCACCUGUAGUGCCAGGGGGUCCGCAGGUCAACCCCUACCACAAGAUGGCGGAGGCUUGGAAUCAAGCGCAAAGUGCGCAGCGCUCGGCUCCAUCCGCUACAUGGCCGGCGCGUAUCGCUCAUGCACCUUCUCAACCUAUCGUUUCAUCAUUUCAACCAACUCCUUCGACAUCGCAGCAGAGCUCUGCACCUCUACCUCCUCAGGCGUCCGCGCUCCCUCAGAUCGCUACGUCUAGCGAAGGAAAGCAGACCGCGCAGGCGGCGGACAAGUCGCACGUUCUCCCAGCUGCUAAAUCUAGCACAGAGCGGCCAGGACCUUCGUCCACCUCGAAUGGAUCUAUCGCGACUCCGACGCCGUCAAACAAAGUACCUGCUACCAGCUCGGUCUCUGUCAAUACGCCUCAGCCCAAGCGAAUCGACCUGGCGCAGAAGAUGAGGGAUAGCGUGUCGUCGAAGAAGUCCAUUGCGAGUCCCUCUGCGUCAUUCCAGUAUACACCCGUAGGGCCCUCGGCGCCUGUCCGACGGCGGGACUCUCCUUCGCCUCGACCCGAGUCGCCAACAGCGCCGCCGCCACCAAUGUCCUCCUCUGCCCACUCGUCGCCACGCAUGUCGCCCAAGACCCCGCUAUUCCUCACCUCGCGCGCUUCGACGGAGUCGGGCGGUGAAGGCGAACCUAUAACCGUCGACUCGGACACGGAUGAGGAACAUACCGUCAUAAUCUCGCGGGCGAAGCGGAAGGUUCUCAAGUUCGAUUCCGUGUAUAUCAAGCAUCGUCCGGAGUGGGUGGGAAGCGACCUCAAGAGGCUUCGAAGGAGGUCGAAGGCCAAGGGAAAGCGGCGGCAGGAAACAUCGGAUGAGGAACAAGGACCGUCUGGCGGGGGCCCCUCGGGUCUAAAGCAUGCCUCGACGGCUCCGUCGGACGCACAGGAGGAAGCGGAGGUGUCGCGCGAGGUCGACCUGGUCGGUGGAAGCUCGGACGAUGGUUUCUCGGUGGAUGAAGAAGGCGACUUUAUCAUACCACCCGCCAAUUAUAAUCGUCAUGAUCCCGUCGAAGCAGGCGCCGUGUCCCUGUCUCUCACCCGCGGGCGCGAGACGCCUUGCAAGUGGGACAAGUGCGAGGUGCGGUUGUGCUCCGGGGAGAUGCUUUUGAGGCAUCUGGUGAACGUGCAUCUUGCUGAUGAAGGGACAUCUUGCAAGUGCCUUUGGCAAGGGUGCACGGAAACGUACUCGUCCAAAAGAGCUUUGUCUGCUCAUAUUGAGAACCAUGCUCGCACCCCGCUGGUCUGCGCUUACGAGGGCAAGUCACCUGGAGCUGAAGCGCUCGAGUGCCAUAUUUUGACUUGCAACUCUGCAGAUUGCGACCGCAACUUCAAGAAUGGGAAGCUACUUCUCCAGCAUCACGAGCUAGUGCACGAGAGGGGACGGGGUGAUCAUAAGUUGAAGCGCAGUAUGCAACUGUUCAAGCCCAAUCCGGACGAUUUGCCUUGCCCGCCGCUACCAGCAAAACCGUUAUUCUGCCAGCACGAUACGCCACCCGUUCAGCAGUAUCCUAUCACGCCGCAACGGCAUCAGACCAUUGGCCCGAAGAUCCUCGCGAACAUCUACCCGUACGCCAAGUACACCAGCCUUGCUGCUUUGCGACGGUCCUUGAAGCAGACGGAUGAGUACGCCUUCAUCAAGUACAAGGAGAAGCGCGAGCAUGGAAUCAAGCGUGGUACGCGCUUCGAGGACUUGCUCUCGGCGGAGACAACGGCGUUGUUCCACAUCGACAAGGCGUUUCUUGUGUGGAAGGGCGACAGGGCGAGGGUACAGCUGCCCGAACCACCGGAACCACAGGAUAUGGAGGAAGAUCGGGGGGAGGGCGGCUCUCGAGAUCCCGACCAGUCGGAGGAGAAGGUACACAUCGCGGAUGGCCCCAUCCAAGCAUCGACAGCCGCUCCUGCUUCCUCGUCGGAGUAUAUAGACCUGACGGGUGAUGACAUGUAG